AUGAAAAAUAAAAUAAUUUUAUUAUGGUUGUUAUUAAUAGUGAUCCUAUGUACAAUUUCAAAUGUAAAAGGAUGUGGUAUGACAACACAUAAUACAGUGGCAAGAAGAGCAUAUAACUUCUCAAGUUUUGAUGGUUUUGAACAAUAUCAAAAAUAUGUUUCAGAGAAUUUUGAUGUAUUUGAUGCAGGUGCAGCAUUCCCAGAUUUUGGAUAUGAUUGUGGUGGAUUAGCAAAUGAAUCAGAAGCAGCACAUUGGCCACCAUUUUUAAGAGCAGCAACUAAAUACUUAUUAGAAACUUAUCCCCAACCAUGGAGUUUGGAUGGUAUUAGAUUAGCAGUAUUUCUUUUAGGUGUAACUUCACAUCAAAUUGCUGAUAUUUCAUGGCAUUCAAUUGGUGGUAUUCAACAAGGUUUAAUUCGUGCUAUGGCAGGUCAAGAUUUUAAUGGUACUUAUGAAUUAGCUCAUGGCAAUGCUGAUGAAGGUGGUGAAUUUGAAUUAGCUUAUAAUUAUGAUUUAUCUUGGUUAUCUGAUAAAUGGUAUGUGCCAAUUACAGAUAUAAAGAAUAUUUUUCAUUCAAUGAAUUAUCCAAGAGUUGAUGAUGAAAAUUUAUUAAGAUGUAAUGCAAUAUUGUAUGCUGGUGCAAUGGGUGUUAAGAUUGGUGGUAGAUUUUUCUAUCCUGAAAUUGCAAAGAAAUCACCAUUCUUGGUUGACCAUUAUCAAGAUUAUUUCAUUGGUGGUUUGGAUGAUAUGUCAAUUUGGACAUCAUAUUGUUGGCCAGUAUUAAUGGGUUGGAUGGAUGGCGAAGAUAUUGGUGAUUUUUGUUUUAUUCAACCUGAUCCAAAUAAUGAUGAUGACAAUCAACAUUUACGUUUACAUCAUAAACAUUCAAUAUUAAAAAAUGGUUCAAAAAUUAAAGAAGCAUUAUCAAAAUCAAUUUUAAAUGAAAUGAAAAUUACAAAUAAUGGUAAAGGUGUAACUUUUUCAUUACCAAAUUCAAUGGAAAAAGCAAUUAAUCAAGUUUUAAAUAAAUUUAAUCAAAAUCCAAUUGGCACAUUAUUAGAAAAAUAUUUACCAAAUUUAUUUAAUAAUAAAAAUAAAUUUUAUCAAGAAAAUGAAAAUGAACAAUAUAAUCAUGAUGAGGAGGAAUUAAAUAUUAUUGAUAUUGAUAUUGAUAUUGAAGAAGAAGAACAAGAAGAAGAAGAAGAUAAACCAAUUAGAAUGUUAUCAAAGAAUAAUAAUUUUAAAAAUUAUGAAUAUUUAAAUGAUAAAAAGAAAUCAUCAUCGUCAAAAUUAAAAAAUAAAUCUAAAAAGAAUAUAAUUAAAUUAAAUUCAGAUUCAAAUGAUUUAGGAACUAAUUUUACAACUAUUUAUGGUCAAAAUAUGUAUUCUUAUUUUGGUAAAGAUAUUAGAAGCAAAGAUUUGAAUGGUGAUGGAUUUGAUGAUUUAAUUAUAUCAUCACCAGGUUUUGGUGUGCCAGGUUCAAUGCAAACUGGUUGUGUUUAUUAUAUCAUUUCAAAUGGAAGUAGUGUUACAAUUGAUGGUGGUAGUGGUUUCACAUCAGAGUUUGAUAUUGAUCAAGUUGCAACUGGUAAACUUUGUGGUAAUGAAACUCAUGCAAAAUUUGGGUGGAAUAUUGAUGUAUUAGAUUUUAAUUUAGAUGGUAUUUUUGAUAUUAUUAUUGGUGCACCAUCUUCAUCCAAUGCAAAUCUACAAUAUUUAGGUAUGAUAUAUAUUUAUCUUGGUGAAAAGAACAACCCUGCUGGUGAAUGGAGUACAGAAUCUGAUUUACCAAGUAUAACCAUUCAAGGUAUUGAAUAUGCUGAUACUAUUGGUACAGUUUUAAGAGUUGCCGAUUGUAAUGCCGAUUCAAAUGCAGAUUUAAUACUUGGUUCACCACAUUCUGCUGGUGGUGGUACUCAACGUGGAACAGUUCAAAUAUUUUAUUCAUCAAAAAAGAGAAUCUCUGGUAUUCCAAUUAGUUUAAAUGAUGCAGAUUAUUAUGGACAUGGUGAAGUUGAUUAUGAAUGGUUUGGUUAUGAAAUUAAGGUUGCAGGUCAAGGUGAUAGUUCAACAUUGUUGGUUGGUUCACCAAAUUAUCAUGAUGAAGAGACAGCAAUUGUGAAUAUUGGUAAAAUCACAUCGUUCCCAUAUAAUGUAAAUUUAAAUUCCUUUGAUUUAAAUCCAAAGUUUGUUAUGGUUGGUGUUAAUAAAAAUGAUAAACUUGGCUAUAGUUAUAAUAUGGUAAAUGGCUCUUUAUUUGGUUUGGAUAAUGUCAAUGAUAUUAUGGUACUUUCAUUACCAACGAGAGGAUUUGGUGAUGAUUUCGACCAAGUUGGUGAGGUGGUAUUAAUUGAUAUCGAUAAUCUAUCAGGUUUCGUCGAGAUUAAGAAUGUAAAUCUUUUACUCUCUAUUAAAGGUACAACCAAAUAUUCAAGAUUUGGUGAAAGUUUAUUAAUUGGUAAAUUAGAAUCAACUGAUGAAUUUGCUCGUCUAUUCGUUGGUGCUCCAUUAUGGACCGAUUCAAUCGAUACUGGUCCUGGUUGUGUUUUCACUUUCUUACCAAAUCAACACCUUACAAAUGAUCCUGCAGUUUUAAAACAAAAUAUAAUUAAUAAUACACCAGUGGUUAUCUAUGAUUCAACUCAUAGUAUCAAAACUUUUAGAAUUGACGAUGACAGUGGUAGUAGUGGUGGUAGAUCAUUCAAUAAUAAAAGAAAAGAUAGUAGAUUCGGUUUUAGAAUACUUUUAUCCGAUUUUAAUAAUGAUGGUAAAAAUGAUUUAAUAGUUAGUGCCGAUCGUGAUUCUUCAAAAAUAUUAGAAGGUGGAUCAAUUAAUAUAUUUCAAUAA